GGCAGGCAGCCUGUUUCCUCCUCCUCCUCAGCCAGGACUCUCUAGGGGACCGCACUUCAAGGCUGAAUGGCACAGCAGCCCUGACCUGAGGGGUCUUCAGCACCUGGACUCUCACAGCUCUUCCUUCAGCCCUGAGGUCUCCUGCUCCAGGCAGAGGACAGGGACACCCCCUCUUGCAAGCUUGUGCAUUCCGUGACUGCUCUAGGGACUGCAAGAUCUGGAGUAAACAUCCCUCCAGGGCCAGGGCACUGAGUUUCAGCUUUUGUGACCAUCGAUCCCCAAGCACAGAUGAGAUGGGAUUCAACAAUCCCAGCUGCUGGUUUGAAAAGGCACCACACCAGGACUCUGUUCCUGAUGACUAUAGCAUUACAGAUCAUCCAAAUGGGAAACAGCUCCCGGAGCAAACAAGACGGUGCCAGCGUUGAAGUCAGCAAUAUCCUAUCUUCAAAGCUCUCGGGGACGCCACUGGACGGGACCCUGACUAAUUCCAGUAGAGAGAACGGCAGCCAGCAGGGGUGGCGCCCACGAGAUUCCCCUCCCCACGCCAGGACUUUUGGAGAGAGUGUGGUCCCUGGGUCCCGCUGCUGCCACAAUGGAGGCACCUGCGUUCUGGGCAGUUUCUGCGUGUGCCCCGAGCACUUCACGGGCCGCUACUGCGAGCACGACCAGAGGCGCAGAGACUGUGGCGCCCUGGGGCAUGGCGCCUGGACCUUGCACGGCUGCCGCCUCUGCAGGUGCAUCUUCUCAGCCCUGUACUGUCUUCCACGCCAAACGUUUGGCCACUGUGAUCUGAAAGGCUUCCUCUCUUCAGGGGCCACAAGGGGAUCAAGCGCAAGCAGUGCUCUGAGCCUCCUGUUCCUGCUGCUUGGCCUCCUCCUGCUGGGUGUGGCUGGUGAAGGCUGAGGCUCCGAGUGCCAUGACAGAACCCCCUCCUGGGGCAGCAAGGAGUCACCCGUGAUUGCACGUGGCAGGACAGUGUCCUCGUGGGCGGUGGGCAUCUGCUUCAGUGUUCUAUGUUGUAAAUAACUGAGUGGCUGAGCUCUGCUGGAUCCUUGUGCUGUGCAAUAAACAUAUUCAGCGCUGAGCCCUCCUUGCUUGCUGAACCUCUUUCAAGGUCCCCAGUAGAGCCAAACCUGAAAGCAAGAGAGAGCCUGGCCUGUUCAACUCAGGAAUAUGGAAACAUCUAGCUGGCGCUCAACUGGAAACUUCAUCCCUCCUGACCAAUGCUCACAGUGCUAGAAGGUCAUACACGCUACUGGAAGAGGAAAGUGAUCACCAGUCUCACCCAGCUGUGGACCCUGUAAAGAAUAACGGCCUGCCUAACAAGACAUGAAACCCUCUGGUUGGCAAUUGUGGCAACAACGUCACAGAAAUACAACUGGACAGAUGACUAUAUGAGCUCAUUGAGACCGACAGCAUGCAUAAAGUCUGCACAUGAUCAACCCAGACAAAAUCCCAGCAUGGAGGAGGAGGUAUAGGCAUGAAGUCCCGUCCCU